UGACAUUUCUUUUGCAUCAUUUCCGUUUUUGCCUUCACACAGUUUAGGGUUCCACACGUUAAUUCAGAUCGGAGAGAACCAAGAAGAAAAGCCAAUCAUGUCUAGACAAGUCGCAAGGCUCAUCGGAUCUCUGUCAUCAAAAGCUCGCCGUUCUGAAGUUUUUCCGUCAUGCCAGACUCUCAGUUCGUUGACCCAAUCUCGCUCCUUCGGGUCGGAUCCUCCUGCGGCGGUCUUCGUUGACAAAAACACAAGAGUCAUGUGUCAAGGCAUCACUGGAAAGAACGGGACUUUCCACACUGAACAAGCCAUUGAGUACGGCACUAACAUGGUGGCAGGAGUGACACCAAAGAAGGGUGGAACAGAACACUUAGGUCUCCCUGUUUUCAACUCUGUUGCUGAAGCCAAGGCUGAGACCAAAGCCAAUGCCUCUGUUAUUUACGUUCCUGCGCCUUUCGCUGCUGCUGCUAUUAUGGAGGGUAUACAAGCUGAGUUGGAUCUUAUUGUGUGCAUUACUGAAGGAAUCCCUCAACAUGACAUGGUACGUGUAAAGCAUGCUCUUAACAGUCAGUCAAAAACUAGGCUGAUUGGUCCGAACUGCCCUGGAAUUAUCAAGCCUGGUGAGUGCAAGAUUGGAAUCAUGCCUGGAUACAUCCACAAGCCUGGGAAGAUUGGGAUUGUCUCUCGUUCUGGAACCUUGACUUAUGAAGCUGUUUUCCAAACAACUGCAGUUGGACUAGGCCAGUCUACUUGUGUAGGAAUUGGUGGGGAUCCUUUUAAUGGGACAAACUUUGUUGACUGCUUGGAGAAGUUCUUUGUUGAUCCUCAGACGGAAGGUAUCGUUCUCAUUGGAGAAAUCGGAGGCACUGCAGAAGAAGAUGCUGCAGCUUUGAUAAAGGAAAGUGGUACUGAGAAGCCUGUUGUUGCUUUUAUUGCUGGACUCACUGCACCACCUGGUCGUCGAAUGGGUCAUGCAGGAGCUAUUGUUUCCGGUGGCAAAGGGACAGCUCAAGACAAGAUUAAGAGUCUAAACGAUGCAGGAGUGAAGGUUGUUGAAUCUCCUGCUAAGAUAGGAGCGGCAAUGUAUGAUCUCUUUGAAGAAAGAGGUCUUUUGAAGCAGUGAAGUUGAGUUUUACACUCACUAGCUCACGUUUUUUUUCCCUUCUUCUUGGAACCUUCAAGAAGAAAACCAAAAAAAAAAACCCUAAUUCAUCAACCGUUGAUGGAUGAUGCACAUUCUUUUGGGGUUGUUUUUCUAAUUCGAUGAUAAUCAGAAGAUUCCACAAUGAGAAGAUAACAACAGCUUUUGUUUACAUUCUGGAUUUUGAAUAAAUCGAAAUUGCUUUGAAAUUUCAUUACA